GACGUAGUUUUGAAAAAAAAAAAAUUCUCGAAAAGGAUUUUCGGUUAUUUUUUUGAGGAACAAGUUUUCCCAAAGGGAUUAAAAUCCCUAACCCGGAUAAACUUAUAGUUAGUUGGAAAGCAGAAAGAGUGUCGAAAAAAUUUCGAAAAUAAAAAAGAAAAUACUCAAAAUUUAAAUAUCUUUGUGGAUAUUUAUAUUUAUUGUGACCUCUAAAAGUGAACUUUUUUUGUUUUUAAUUUUUUCUUCGUUAUAUAAUUUAUUUAUACACAAAAAAAUAUAAAUACAAAAUAUGGAUUCUGAUAAAGUUGUUAAAGCAAUGGCCCGCUGGUGGCAGACGGUGAGUCAAGAAGAUGCAGACCAAAAUGCUAGAAAUCCAAUGCUCUACGAUCCUCUUUCCGAUGGAGCUGUUAGGACAUCAACAAAAAUGCAGUAUGUUGCUGCUUUGGUUGUGUGUCUUGGUGCUGUUUCCGCUGGUACGGCCUUGGCAUGGACAUCACCCGUACUACCACAAAUAAGUGUUGAUCCAAAAAUGAAUAUAACUUCAAAUUCAACGAACAGUGAUGAACUUCGACUAACUGUGGAUGAACAAACCUGGGUGAGUUCGUUGCUUGCUAUUGGCGCCUUCCUCGCAGCUCUUCCAACAGGUUACAUAGCAGAUGCUAUCGGUCGUCGAUACACAGCUCUUCUGAUGGAUGUUCCAUUUAUUGUUGCAUGGGUGAUGACAAUUUUCGCUAAAUCUGCUGGAAUGUUGUGCCUAGCUCGGUUCCUAAUUGGAAUUUCCACAGGAAGUUUCUGCGUUGUUGCUCCCAUGUACAUUUCUGAAAUUGCUGAAACUUCAAUUCGUGGCUCUUUGGGAACCUUGUUCCAACUUACUCUCAGUUGUGGAAUUCUAAUGGUCUAUCUAAUUGGUGCAGCUGUUUCUUGGAAAGCUUUGAGCGUGUUUUGUUUGUUAAUUCCUGUUGGACUUUUCAUUGGAAUGAUCUUUUUACCAGAAACUCCAGUUUAUCUUUUAAAGAAGGGUCGUCGUGGUGAUGCAGCUUUAUCUCUGAAAUGGCUCUGGGGUCGUUACUGUGACUCUCGAUCAGCCAUUCAGAUCAUUCAAACUGAUCUCGACUCUGCUGGUGGCGAUGCCUCAUUCAUGGAUGUUUUUAGAAACAGAGCUGCUAAAAAUGCUCUCAUCAUUUCGAUGUUACUGAUGUUCUUCCAACAGUUUUCCGGUGUCAAUGCUGUCAUCUUCUACACAGUCCCUAUCUUCAAAUCUGCCGGAAGUACUCUCAAUCCAUCAGCUUGUAGUAUAAUUGUUGGAAUCGUUCAAGUCAGCAUGACCCUCGCAUCGUCCUUCCUAAUUGAACGAGCUGGUCGUAAAAUUUUGCUAAUCUUCAGCAGUAUCUGUCAGUUAAUUUGUUUGACAGUUCUCGGCAUCUAUUUCGACAUGAAGGACAGCGGCAAAGACGUCAGUGAAAUUGGAUGGUUGCCAUUGUUAUCGGUUGUGCUUUUCAUGGUAACUUUUUCGUUGGGUUAUGGUCCAAUUCCGUGGCUAAUGAUGGGUGAAUUGUUCCCGCCAGAUGUCAAAGCUACUGCAGUUGCGUUGACAGUUAUGUCAAAUUGGUUCUCAGUAUUCUUGGUAACAAAAUGUUUCGGAACAAUGGUGGAAUCCUUGGGAUCGGAUGUCACUUUUUGGUUCUUUGCAUUUUGUAUGUUUUCAGCUACAUUGUAUGUCUUCUUUAUGGUAUUCGAGACAAAAGGAAAGAGUUCGGCUCAAAUUCAAAUGUUACUUGGUGGAGAUAAAUAAAAAGGGAACAUUUAAAAUAAGUUUGAGAGAAAUUUUACUUGAAAAGUUUGAUGAAAACAAAAUAAAUAAAAAAAACAAGAGAUUAUAAAAUUAAAAAUGUGUCAUGUCAGUAGGAAUCCUAUAUUGUAUUGUUGUAAUUUAUUGUAAUUUUAAAUAAAUUAAAUAAAACUAUAAAUAUAUUUUAACAAAAAACAA